AUGGGCAACUGCUGUUCAAACGCCGAUCGAUCGCCCGACAAUUACAAAAAGAACACAAUCACUAGCGAUGAAGAUCAAGAAAUCGUCCGUUUCUUUAUGGUCGGCAUGGGCUCCGCAGGAAAAUCUACAAUAAUCAAGCAGCUCCAAAAACUAUGCCAUUUACGCCCCGGUGACUAUCAAAUGUACGACGAUGAAUGGCAGCCAAUAACCCACUCCUUCAAAGAGCACGAAUUGCUACGGUGGCGAAAGAUCAUACGCCGAAAUAUUAUUGAUGCGCUGCAUAUUUUGUAUAAGCAAGCUGAGAAUUGGGGUCAAGCAUUGAUCGACACUGAGGCAAAGGACUUCGCCGAUUAUAUUUUUACGGCAGAGGGAAUUGCACCAAAUUGGGAACAAGAAGAGGAUCUCGGAAAGAAGCUAUUGGCCUUCUUCAACGAUAAUACGAUACAAGAUACGUACGACAAGCGAGCUCAAAUGACGGGUGAACUGCAGAUUACCGACGGUACGCUAUAUUUUCUAAACGAGCCGAAGAUACGCCAGGUCUUUUUGCAAACCUACUCUCCGACUGACGAUGAUAUCCUACACGCCAGGGAUCCAACCACCGGAAUUACCGAUUAUCGCUUUUCGAUUAAUGACAUGAAAGUCAUGAUUCACGACAUUGGAGGUCAGAAGGUGGAACGUGCAAAAACCGUCAACUAUAUCAAUAACUGGGUGUCGGCUGACCGACAAAACUAUCGGAAUUUCAUCUUAUACGUGGUCUCGAUGCCCGAAUAUAACAUUCAACAUCCAGUCCACGUCGGUUUGACGCUUUUCGACGAAAGCUUGAAAAUGCUAGAGCUUAUUAUGGAGCUACAACCCGUUCAAAAUUGUGGGGUGAUGAUCUUCUUGAAUAAGGAGGACAUCUUCAAGGAUAAGAUGCAGCGGUGCAAGGAUUUGCCGGAGGUCCGCCGGGAGACGAUCAAAUAUUUGGGCAAGUAUAUGGAUAAGGGUGACCGAGAAAGGCUGCAAAAUACGGGAGAGUACAAUUACAAAUCGAUGAGGAAAUGUCUUGCCUCGAAGGUUGCACAUGUUGCAACUUCAGAUAAAUUAAAGCGAAACAAGGGGACCUACCAUAAGUACACUUGCGCGGUCGACAGCAAAUUGAUGGACACGUUGUUUGGCGCAAUCCGAAACGAAAUUACAACGGCCAUCGUCGACCAAGCAUCCUGGAUUCCA